CUGACGCUAGACGCCGGCACUCCUUAUAAGCACCUGUCCUUCUGUGUCAUGCCACGCUCCCAAUAUGAAAAGCGUGUGAUUGUUUUCCACAAGACACAGUGUGCGUAGAUAGUAAACUGACUAUAUAGCCUCUAUAGAGGUUCGUUCUAUCAUUCAACUGCAAGCACGACAGUGAAGGCUUGUUGCUUUUCUCUCCCGAUACACCAUGGAGGUGCCACACUGUGCCCAGGACGUUGGCAGCCAUGCAGUGUCAUUGUUGGCUUAUCUGAACAUCCAAAGAGAACAAGCUCACUUCUGUGACUGUGUGCUGAUACAGAGACAGAGUCCAGCUCAGCUCUACCCUGCACACAGGUGUGUUCUGGCAGCUUCUAGUCCAGUGCUGGCAUCUAUUUUGUCGUCUACUGGUGCUCUGGUGGAACUUCAAGCUCCAUGUCUGUCUGACGCUGUGUUGACGCCUCUUCUGGAUUACAUUUACACAGGAGCUUUGCCAUUCACUCAUAGCCAGCAACAGUACUACAGUCUGCUCAACGCUGCCUGCUACCUGCAGAUGAUUGAACUGCAGGAGGCUCUGAGGGCUUGGCAACAAACUGAGGCGAGUGCUGCAGAAAAUGCUGAUGCAUCCCCUGGAGCUGAAACUCAACCAUAUAAAGGCAAUAAGAAAACUUCUAGGACAACGAUGAACAUAUUCAGUGAUCUGCCUCUAACACCCAGUAGUGAUGCCUUUAGAAGACUUGAGGAAACAGACACUUUCAGCGUACAAAGUGCUACAAGUUCACCAGAAAGGGAAGCUCAUGAGUAUUCAGCAACUGUGGAAACAUUUAAUGAAUCUCAGAUGCAUUCAACCAGUAGAGAUUCUAGAGACGAAGAAAUAGUUAUGAGUAGAAAUAGCAGUAAGCAUGGUUCCAACAAGUGUAGCACAUCAGAUGCAAACAGCUUAAGCACUGAAAGCAAUGCAAAUGCAGGUGACUACAGACAAGCACCUCAUCUGACACGUCAGGAUUUGAUUCAGAAUAUCACUGGCAUUGCUGAAAGGCAUGACAUGUCUGAAGUGGACAAAGAGGUCCGAAAGGAUCAGUUUCAUUUGACUGCCAUUGUAAAGCCAGAGAUCUGGCAGAAGAGCAAAGGAGAGGAGCUAAUGAGAACAACCGAGGACAGGAGGAGCUCCUCCUUAUCACCACAUCCAAGUUGUGGGGCAGUUCCUGUCAUCUGUCACAGCAGUAGAGUGGCUGUCCUCCAGCUGGCAGAAGUGUCUGCAGUGCCUCCGUACCAUCCAGCAUCCCUGGCUGCAGGCAGCUCUAGCAGGGCUUCUGUCUCACGUUCAGCAAGCACAGACAAUGACAGCAUUGUAGAGAGUUUUUCCACUAAACAUGAAAGUCAGCAUGGAGCACAGAGUCUGGACAACAAACAUAAUAAUCACCACACUCUCACACACAGUCAAGAUUACCGUGACAUUUCAGCUCAAUGUGCUACGCAGGAUUUUAGUUACAAAUUCAGCGCAGGUAGAUCUGAUGUGUCGAAAGAGGAUUACAACAGCAGCAAUACAGAUUGUUUUAUAAUACAGAAUAAAGAACAUAUAAGAAAAGGAUUGCCCCACAAUACAGAACAUCUGAGGGAUGAUUCAGUGCCACAGAACACGGACAGGAACAAGUGGUUAAAGUCGAGAAGUGACCUCAGUAUCGAUGGUUUCCCCUCCAAACAUAAGCGACUGGAUUGCUUUGAGUGCUACAAUGUGUCCUUGGCAACUGCAACAGAGGAGCUUUCACAAGAUCCGAGAGCUGCAGUUUCGCUUCCUGUAGAACACUCAGACACACAGAGGGACUCUCACUGUAAAGAUUUAUGUGCCGAGGGAGAAGCGAAAGAGGAACAUUGUAACUCUAGAAGGUAUUCCGCUGAAAUGGAUGUGCACGACAGCCAUUGCAAUCUCGAUGUAAAUAAGAUAAACUGGUACUCGAACAUACAUGGAAUUGGGAAAAGCACUAAAGAUUCCGCCUCUAGCCAGAAUGAACAUGAUUCAAAUUGCAGACAUACAGCUAUGCAAAGCAGAGCACACAGUGUUGAUUUGUGUCUGCCCGUCUCCAUCACACCAGGGUCAAGCUUGGAUAAUGUCACUGGCAGGCGCUCUCCCUUUGAAUGCCGCUCAUCUGUAGAACCUGAACAGACCUUAGGCACUGAGACCACGGAGCCACACUUAUCUCUUAGUGUGGGCCAGUCAUACCAUGGACAUCUUCAUUAUCACUGCCUACCACAGGACAACAUGCACUUAUCCCAUGGAGACCCAGAUCAAAAACACCCCCAGGCUAACCACCCUGAUCAUUCAGGCAAGUCCAGUGAUGACGAGGUCAGUACCUCUGCAAGUCCAGGUCUGAGUCCCCUGAAGCAGCACUUUGCUACAGGGGCAACAGACCAAGUUCUCUUGCUGGACAUUAGCACCAAACCUGCUGAACUGAUUGUAUCCUGUAAACACAGAUCUGACAGAGAAGAGAUCGAGGUUGGAGAAAAGGACACAUUUGAAACUAGGAUCAGGAAUCAUGAUAGAGUCCAAAGAAAAGAAGCAACAGCAAGGGAUGAGAUGAAAAAAAUGAGGGCUAGGACUGAGAGUUUGGAUGAGACAACAUCUUGGGGUGGACAAGCAAAUAUUGAUAAAAGAAAAUCUGUGGGUAAAGACCAAAGCAGACCAGGAGCUGAGGUUAUACAAAAAGCUGGAGUCAUGGAAGUGGUUGAGAACCAAAUCAGUGCCUGGACACCCUGUGCAGCUCCUCCUGUGUCAGACUCUGCACAAGUCUCCAUGCCAUCCACCUCGUCUGUUUGCAUACCUUCUACCCUUUCAGCCAGCGUGCCAUCAAACAUAUCAGCUCAUCUGUCAAGUCCUGCUCACCACCCUUUCCAAUGUUCUCUAUGCGAUCGUUCCUUUAGCCAGCGAGGCUCUCUGAAUAGACAUGUGCGCAGCCACCUUGGCGUAAGGCCCUUCCCCUGCCCCCACUGUCCCAUGACCUUUUCACGGCAGUACCGAGUCACAGAGCAUAUGCGUGUCCACCAGCGCUGCACACUUGGGACUGACUUUGAAAAGCCUCCUGCCUCUUCAAUGUGAGAUAAUGAAGAAAAGCAUCAAAACUGAAAUUUAACCAUUGAAAGAAAAUACUACUCAAAUGUAUGUGUUUUUAAUGGCUCGCUUUAAGUUAGUCUCGAUAAUACUGCAAUGUGAUGAAAGCAGACUAUUCCUAAUAAUGUGAUGGACAUAUAACUAGUAUUUAGACAGAGUAUUUAAAAGUUUAAUUUCAGUUAACAAUGAAACAUGACAACUUGUUCGUGGAAGCAGUGACUCAUGAUGGUUAACAUACAGAGGAAAUAGCUAGCACUUCCUCUUAGACGUGGAAAUUUUAGUCAUCUUUGGUUAUCAAGUUUGCGACUUCAUUUCUUUCAUGCAAACCUAACUGCUUUGGCAGCUAUUUUUUAGUGAAAAAUGCACUCUACCAGCACCAAACAGCAAACAGCGCAGAACACAGUAGAGCAUUAAGCAGCUAAAGAGCCAGAUAUGUUCUUCCAGGAGUUGGCAGAGACCAAAAACAGUGAAAAGCAAGUGAAUAAUGAGCCGAGGCAGCCUGAACCAUGACUCCAAGUGAAUUAAUAUGUUCUCCUGUGUCUGCUGAAUAUCGUUGAACAAAGUCACUGCAACAGCUUGUAAGAUGUUGGGUGAUAUGUGUGUAUUGCAUCAUAGCUUGUUUUCUCAGCGCAAGUGACAAAAAAUAAGUCAAAAAAUGCAGUUCUGAUGUAUUCAUUCUCCUCGUGUACAUCUACUUGCUGUAGACUGCAGCAGAAAUGCUAUACCGUAUAAUGAUAUAAUGACAGAAACAAAAAUCCUUAAUUUUAGUGCCAUAAUGCAUGUGUCUGGCCAAUGUAAUUUUGAAAUUUAUGACCGGAGACAUCACAAGUCAUUUUGGCAAUUUUAAGUGUAAUGCAGGACUCUUAUUUUGCACAAAAUUGUACAUAAUGUAGGCAGAAUUUUAUAACUGGACUUCAUUCCAUUCAGGACUCUAGUGUGCUGGUAUUCAGUAGGCACUACAUUUGACACUGUGAGAAAUGUAUUAAUGAUGUCUCACACACUGUCCCCUGUAAGUGAAGACAGUACGUUGGGUGUCAGAGUGUGCUGUGAAACAUGACCUGAAGAUAAAAAAAAAAAAAAAAAAAACAGAAGAAAGAAAUUUGUGUCAAGGGCAGGCAUGAGGCUCUCUGCAUGUUCUGUCUUAUCAAUGCCAAACUUGUUCUAUAAGGAACAGAAAGGUGGAAAUGGUUGUUCUGUACUCAACUCCACAGAUAGGACAUACAUGUAACCAUAGGCCAGAGAUGGUUGGAGUUGUUAACAUUACAUCUUCAUGCUCUGAAGGUCCGUGUACGGAUCUGGUAACUGGAUUUUCCGUUCUGAAGCGGGUAUUGAAAAACAAAAAACAAGUGGUUAUUUGAUUUUCGUUUUAAAAUACAAAAAUUAAAAUUGAAAUACAAGGCGUUUUUCCUUUUCAUGAUCAAAAAGGGAUGUACGAAAUUUUAAAAAUGCUUUGAUUUUCAUUUUAUAUUUAGAAUAACAAAAAAAUAAAAUCAGUAAGAGACAGAAACGAAAAAAGGUCCGUGUUUUUAUUUUGUGGGACCGGAAGUGGUCAUCAGCAAGUGUGGAGCCAAACGACAGCAAGAUUCUCGGAGGGCGGAGCCAGAGAGCAGCGAUUGGUCAGACCAUAGACAAUAUAGAAGACUGCACGCUAGCGUAUCUAGUGUUAUAUGUAUCUAUGGUCGCCACGUCUGGUAGCAUCUCUGGCUGUUGUUGAGCUUGUUUUUGGAGUAAAACACGGUGGAAGCUGAAUUAGUGAGGAUGACUCCUGCUCCUGUCAUCUCUAAGCUCCUCACACAUCUUUACCUGCACAUGAGGAAAAUCACUCCUGUAGAAUGCAGAUGUUCAGAGGGAGAUGAUGCCACAUCUGGUCCAGCUGAUGGAAGGUCUUGAAGUUCUCUGACUGGCCUCGACUGAAGAUGGUCGUCUCACUGGAUUUAAGGUUCAGAUGCUCAGUAACAAACUCCACCAAUGAGCCAACAGGGAAGCUUUAGGUUUAUUAAAUGUUGCUAUGAAGGUUUCGCUGUUUUUCUUUGUGAAUGCAAUGUGCUCCAACUGAAACUUGAAUUAGAACUUAGAAGUAAAUCCUUCCAUCUGAAAGGAUUUAGUUGCAUUAAUAACCUCAUAACAUUCUAAUUUUUAUUCCAGUCUUGGUUGGAAAUAGAAUCUCUGUAUUGAUUCAGGUAAAAACUGAACUUCACAGCAUGUUGGAGCAAAACAACCAGAUGAAAACUGUGAUGGUGUUGGAUUGUCAGACCGUAAUGUUGCAGCUCAAAGCAGCUUUUCUAUCUCAGUUCAUUCUGACAUUCAGCUAUGAAUCAACACAGCAGAUGGUGAUCCAUGCUGUGGAAGUCUCACAUCUCCUGAUUUAAUGGAGCUGCUUUGCACUUUUUACACUGUUUAUUCACCAACACUUUAUUUAAUAAAAGUCCCAUCUAGUUUUUAUGAGGAAUGUGAUGUUUUAAUUUCUCUGUGAAUAACUGCAGUCUAAUGCAACAGCUGGAGUUGUAACAUCUGUCCUGAUAUUGAUCAUGAAGUAUUGAUCAGAAUACUUAUGGUUAGCAGUCAUCCCUGAAGUUUUACAUUAAAAUCUUUACUUGUGUUGUGAACUUUGGUAAGAAGCAGAAACUUUAGCGUUGCCAUGGAUACAUGAGUGUUAAAUUCUGUCCAUGUUUCCAUUUUGGGAAAUGCAGUCCAGUUCCAGAAUGUGGAGGAAUUUAGUCUCACAAUCACAGACAACAAAUAUUAUCUGAAAGUCGGGUUAUUGUUGUUUAUCAGCACAAUACAAAAAGAUUAAUGUUAGAAAUAUUCCAGUUAAGACUCUAGAAUAUCAUGAUUUAUGUAAAUUUACCUCAAUAAUAUGAAUGUUCAGGUUAAGAUUGUACAGUGAUAUUUAUUAUGUAAGUUUAGCUGAUUAAAGUUUAUGACUCUGCACUAAAAUAUUAUUUAAAUUGACAUCAUUAUUAUAAUAUUUAGGGUCAGACCCUACAGUAUUGAGAUUAAGAAAUCAAAUAUUCUAUAAAAUGUAAAUACACUGAACUCAUUUGGAUAUAUUUAAGUGAGACUCUACAAUAUUAUUUGACACAAAUCUAUCUAAAUCAAAAUUUUAAUAAUUUUCAUGCCAAACAUUUACUGGACUGAUUUAAACAUUAAAAUCACUCCUUUCUAAUCCUCUGCUGUACGUUCAAACCUGAGGCCUUAAAUAGAAACACACAAGUAUCUGUUUGAAGGAACUUCUGCAGAGUCCUGGUUCCAGAACAUGAUGAUAGAAUUAUAGACAAACUUUAACAAAAGCUGCCUGAGAGUUUACAGGUUUUUAUGUUGGAUUUCUUCAGUAAUUUAAUGAGCGUUAUCAGCAAUAAUCAAGUGUUCAUUUGAUGAACUUCAUUUCCUAAAACAUCCAGAAUUGGAGCUCAUAUCUUUGGCAGCUGUAAAGUUUCUGCUCCUUCAAAGUUCACAACACAAUGAAUGAAUUCCUAAAACACUCUCAAUGCUGGAGAGCGUUUGUGAUGCUGAAGCAGUGAUCAGUUUUUCUGUUUCUUCUCUGGAGAUGCACAAUGAGGGACGUCUGCAGAGACUGAGAAAGAGUCUCACCACAUCCUGACAUGAGGAAAAAGACUUUAUUGAAGACUACAAUGAGAAAAACUAUCAGACAGCAGACGGCUGCAUUCAAGGUGAGCUCUGAACAUUUGAUCUGGAACAGGAAUUCAAUAACGGCAGCAUGAGCUUCAUUUCAGUCUGUAGCUGCUGAAUUCAUGGAUGAAUCAUCUGGCACUAGAGAGGAAGACCAUCAAACAUCCAUGUCAGCUGAUGGAGGUCCAAGAGUCUCACCAAACAAACAACCUACAGAGUGAAGACCUCAAAUCUGAUUGGACGGCCUCCUAUUCAGCCACAUUUUAGGCUGUUAGAUUGUUCCAGAUAAGACAAGUACAAGAUUCUUCAGAGCCGUUCUACCACGAGCCUGACAGGAAGAACUCCAACAGCUACUGAAUGUUCCUGUGGUCCCCUCAAGGCUACAGGAGGAGCCCUACGAGGACGAGCCGGUCCACCUGAUGGAGGCCAGUCGCUGCGGUUCAAAGCCAACACCGACUACGUGGACUUCUACUGGACCACAUGGAGGCCUUCAAACCGGACCAACAAGUUCAGCGACUCCCCGACUCGUGGGUCUGAGGACGCCGCCGAGCCUCGGCCCAGCCGGCCUCCUGUCUGUGGGUGUUUGAGUGCUGAGAGGUUUGUGGAUGCAUGUGAACGUGUCUGUGUUGAAACAGCAGCUUUUGACUCAGUAACGCCGGGAAAAACCAAGAGCUCCUUUAUUUGUGACUUCCACUAAAAAAACUGAUGAAAAUAAGUUUGCCAGGGUUCUGACUGAUAACAGAUUAUUAAAUAAUGAAAAUAAUAGUUUAAAUAUUCCUUUAAACAAUCCUUUUAGGUCUACAUUUCCUUUACACUGACUUCUUGGUAUAUGUACAAGUAUUUUGGGUGGAAUAUACCAUUAAGCCCAAUGUUCAAGGGUUCUUCUGGGAAUAUACCAUUAAACCAACCUUUUAGGUAAAUGUUCCAGGAUGUUGAGUAGAAUAUACCAUCAGAUCAACCUUUUAGGUCUACAUUGGAAGAUUUUAGAGUAGAAUAUUACUCCAAACCAUCCUUUAGGUCUACAUUUAAGGUGGAAUACUCCUUUACACCAAGAUUUUUUUGGUCUACAUUGAAGGAUUUUAGGUGGAAUAUUCCUUUGAACGAACUUUUUAAGUUUAUGUUCAAGGAUGUUGGGUGGAAUAUACCAUCAGACCAACCUCCAAGGUCUACAGUAGUGAAUUUUAGGUGGAAUAUACCAUUAAACUCACCUUUUAGGUCUACAUUGGAGGAUUUUAGGUGGAAUUUUCUUCCAAACCGUCUUUUAGUCUACAUUUAAGGAUGUUUAGGAUGGUAUAUUCUUCCAAACCAACUUCUCAGGUCUACAUUUCAGGUGGAAUAUUCCUCCAUACUAACUUUUUUGGUCUACAUUGAAGGAUUUUUUCUAAACCACCCUUUCGGGUCUAUAUUUGAGGUUUUAGGUGGAAUAUUCCUUUUAACCAGCCCCUCAGGUCUCUUUGAGGAUUUUGGAUGGAAUACUCGGUUAAACCAACAUUUUAGGUGCAUGUCCAAGGAUUUUUGGUGGAAUGUUCCUUUAAGGUGGAUGUUUGAGGACCUUGUAGGUGGAAUACUUCCUGAAACCAACCUUUUAGGUCAACAUUCAAAGAUUUAAGGUGGAAUAUUCCUUUAAACCAACCUAAAUUUCAUGUUUUGAUCAUUAUCAAGUGAGAAACCUCAAUCCAGACUCCUCAUAAUGACGUUUGAGAUUUAUGCUGCUGUUAUUUGUUUAGUCCAGACUAAAUGACAGAAAUCCACAACUGUAAUUUUAUUUCAGGACUCGGUUAUUAAAUGUCAAAACAAUCCAUGUGACUCUAAAAACUCAACAGCUGUACAAACUCUAAGAUUAAACUCUCCACAAGGAUCCAAAAUAAGUUGGACUUCUACAUGAGAGCUUUAAUUAUUCUUCAUCUACUUCCUGAAAAGUUUGGUCAAUAAAAAAGACAAAAACUAAUAUUUUCAGCUGAACUAAAGACAGACUUUGUGAUUUUUCUGCUCACAUGUUGUGUUGUUGUAAACUUACUCUUUCAAAUAAAUACCUGCCUAUCCCCCU